AUGGGUUCAUCUAUGGCAAAAGUUUCGUCUUAUUUUUCUAAAAAAAAUGAAAUACGUUUACUCAUGUGUGGUCUUGAUGCAGCUGGUAAAACGACUAUACUUUAUGCAUUAAGACUCGGAGAAGUUGUCUCAACAAUACCAACAAUUGGUUUUAAUGUAGAAACAAUCACAUAUGGUAACUUGUGUGUAACAACUUGGGAUGUUGGUGGUCGUGAUAAAAUCCGACCAUUGUGGCGUCAUUAUUAUGCAAAUACAUCAGCACUUGUUUUUGUUGUCGAUUCAAAUGAUCGUGACAGAAUAGAUGAUGCAAGUGAACAAUUACAUCUCAUGCUGAAUGAAGAUGAAUUAAAAACUGUACCUGUUCUUAUCUUUGCAAACAAACAAGAUUUACCAAAUCGUUUAACAAUUGAUGAAAUGAAAGAAAAACUAAAUCUAUCAAAAUUAGAUGAAACGAAAAGAAAAUGGCAUUUACAACCUACAACAGCACCGAGCAAAGAAGGUCUUGAAGAAGGUUUUGCUUGGAUAGCAAAUAAUUUAGAAUCAAAAGAUGAUCUUAUGAAACCAAUUGCUGAAACAAUCAAUGAUACGAAAACAAUGAAGAAUGAUCUUUUACAUAUGUGGAACUCGGGUGAUUUUAAAAAAUUAUUAAGUAAAUUUAUUUAA